AUGGGAAAUGAUGUGACCCAAGACGAAGACAUAAGCACGAUCGAAGCCACGAAUGCAAGCCUGUACGGGGAGAGUGACAUCAUCCAGGAAGAAAAGAGCAUAAUUCGCGUGAAGGUUCAGCAGAAGAAGGGGACAAAGAAAGUGACUAUUAUUGAGAACAUACCCAAGGAGCUUAGGGAAGGCUUGCUAUCCUCUCUCAAAAAGGAAAUGGGAUGUGGCGGAAUACUACUCGAUGAUAAGUCAUCAAUCCAACUACAAGGGGAUAAAACGAACAUGGGGAUUGUCAGCUACCUAAAGAAAUAUGUUAAGGACUGUAAAGUCGAGUUGAAUGGAAGAGUCAGGUAG